AUGUUUUGGGUGAAAAUUAGUCAAGCAACAGCGAAAGGAGACCUUCAAAAAUUUUCACCUUGGAUGGUCGUGGCUGUAACAGCUCUUGGUACAGCUGUGAUUACGUCAUUUCUUGUUUUUACCUUCAUCCUUGCUUCUCUACUACGGCUACCUAAGAAAUCAAUCCUUGCUGUUACAGUGCUUUCAUCAGCAAGAAAUUCAAGUAUAGCUAUUGCUGUUAUUGAGAAUUUACCAGACAGUGUUGGGGACAAAGAUCUAAUGUUUUUCCCCAUAAUAUUUGUCUAUUUGGCUAUGGUUGUUAUUAUCAAUAGUUUUGGUUGUUUUAUGACAAUCAAGGAAGAGGAAAAUGACAUUGAACAAGUUAUGGACACCCUUGAAGACAGAGUUGAUAGUGCGGACAAACUUACUUUAGCUAUUAAUCCCUUGGAGCGACUACAUGAUAUACCAAAUACAAAUGACUGCGUUAUGUUGCCAAUAGUACAGUGGUGUACGGCUGUAUGA